AUGUCGACGCGCACGACCGACUGUGAGCUUCGUGCCGCAAAAUUCUCAGAUCUUGCUUCGAUAGCGACGGUAUGGGCAGCGGCAUUCUUUGAUGAUGAGAUCAUCGGCGAGCUCAUGCAUCCCCACCGCAAGGAAUACCCGGACGACGUAUACUGGUUCUUGCUGCGAGUGCUCUUCCCCAAUCGCGCGGCUGAUCCCACGCGCACUUCCUUCCUCGACACAGCUGUCGCGAACUCUGGAAAGUACUGGACUGGCCAUCGCACCGAAUGCUGGGACUUGCACGUCUGUGGUGUACACCCAGACUACCAAGGUAAAGGUGUUGGAAAGCUGUUAGCCACGUGGGGUGUACGCGAAGCGCAGAAGGAGGGCGACGAGGUUGUUGCUAGUGUAUUGUGCGGAGAGAAGAAUAGAGGAUUCUAUGCGAAGGCUGGCAUGGCUGUUCAGGUUUCGGAAUCGAAGGGCGAUGGAGGCGGCAUCGCGUUGUUCACGAGAUAG